CGGACAGUCCUUGAACGCAACGCUGUAUUCAGUACUACCAAAACUGGGGGAGGCGGUCGAGGCCGAGGGAUGAGUCGUUGAAUGAACGCCGUGAGAGGUGACUGUUCAAAAUAGUGGUGAGAGCAAGUAAGGAUGAUGCCGCAUGUUGGGGCUGUGUUUGCAGCAAUAGCAGGAGUGACAGCUGUCCUGCUACACUCCUCCAUUCACAAAAUAGAAGAAGGACACCUUGCUGUCUACUACAGGGGUGGGGCUUUACUGACGAGUCCCAAUGGUCCUGGAUAUCAUAUCAUGCUGCCAUUCAUUACCACCUACAGAUCAGUGCAGACUACACUCCAAACUGACGAGAUCAAGAAUGUUCCUUGUGGAACAAGUGGUGGGGUGAUGAUCUAUUUUGACAGAAUAGAAGUUGUCAACAUGCUGGUCACCUCAGCAGUGGUGGACAUAGUGAGGAACUACACAGCCGACUAUGACAAAACCCUGAUUUUCAACAAGAUUCACCAUGAAUUAAACCAAUUUUGCAGCGUGCACACACUCCAGGAAGUUUACAUAGAGCUCUUUGAUAUAAUUGAUGAAAACCUUAAGACUGCCUUGCAGAAAGAUCUUAAUGUGAUGGCUCCUGGACUUACCAUACAGGCUGUCCGCGUAACCAAGCCAAAGAUCCCCGAGUCUAUCAGAAGGAACUUUGAACUCAUGGAAGCAGAGAAGACUCGUCUCCUUAUUACUGCUCAGACUCAGAAGGUGGUGGAAAAGGAAGCGGAGACUGAGAGGAAGAAAGCCAUUAUCGAGGCUGAGAAGGUGGCUCAGGUAGCUGAGAUCCAGUUCCAGCAGAAAGUGAUGGAGAAAGAGACUGAGAAGAAGAUCUCGGAAAUAGAGGAUGCUGCCUUUGUGGCCAGAGAGAAGGCAAAGGCAGACGCAGAAUACUACACUGCUGCCAAGUUUGCUGAAGCAAAUCAGUUGAAGUUAACCCCCGAGUACUUGGAGCUGAUGAAGUACCAGGCCAUAGCAACUAAUAGCAAGAUCUACUUCGGGCAGGAGAUCCCCAACAUGUUUGUGGAGGGAAACCUCGGCCUGAACAGACCUGAAAAUAAUCACAAGACACACGAGCAGGACUAGUUGAAAUCUUAAGACACAUUUGUGUUGUCUUAAAUGGCAUAAAGAAAUAUUGGGAGGAUUUGACAUGAUUGAAAAGCAGUAGAAAAAGGUAAUGAAAGGGAUUUUUUAAGUGUGAGAAUGAAAACCCUGCUACAAGGUUAUCCGUAAUGUGAAAGCAAGGAGUUAAUUUGCUUGUUUAACGUUUUUUUUUUUUUUUUUUUUGGGGCUAAUGUCGUCAUAUGCAAAGAAGAUGAUUGUUGAUUCGUUUUAUUUGGACUGGAAUGUAGCGGGUGACACUAAUUAGAAACAAGAGGGGAUUUGUUUUGUGUGUAUGAGAUGUGGAUGAGGCAUUUCUUUAUUUCUUUGGUGUCUAAUUUGGCAUUUUUCGGUUGUGGUUCAAACUGCACUAUGGUGUUCGCCUGCUGCUAAAGAAAAGUGGACUUCCUCCUAAAAGUGCUAAUGAGAAUGUAAAUGGCAUACUGGCAGAAGAGCUUCCUGGUCUUGCAUAGCGCCUCUCCAUAAUCAAGGCACUAAAAAGUGCUUUGACAUUAUAUGCUAGUUUACCUGCUAAUAACAGAGCAUCUUGAGCAACGUGGGGUGCUCAAGGAUACUUAGAUGAGGUCAUCAGGUUGGGGAAUUGAACUCACAACCUCUGGGUUGGGGAGCAACUACGCUACCACUGAACCACACAGCCUCUUUGGUUUGCCAGUUAGUCAUGUUGUGGCCUGGUGCUGAUGAUGAAAGCUGUGCCUGCUCUUAUCUGCCAACACUUUUUGUUUAGAGCGCAUUGAGAUAUCUCAGGAAAUUUUCAAUUAGUCAGAUGCUCACAAGGAUUUCAACCAUAAUGUUGAUACUAGAUCCAAAUAGUAAUCCCUUUCACCUUUCUCUAGGAUUGCGCUGAAGUUUACUGUUCUAGUAUCAGAAGAAAGCUGUGCAAUUGCGACGCGAGAAAAUAAGCGUUAAGGUUACACAACCGUUCCGCAGUCAACACCUUGUGAUGUUGCGUUUAACUGCACAGUGUCUCUUUCUUUGCCAAACAAAAUAAAGCCUUGUAAUAACACUAGCAUCCUUUUUUGUUAACUGCAUUUAGUGCUUGAGCAGGAGCUAGUUUGACUUUUUUUUUUUUUUUACUUGUAUAAGGAAAAUGCAAGUUGGCCUGGUUUUAACAAUGGUGGUCAGUCACGCGCCGGUGCAUCAGCCGCAACGUGAGCCGAGAGAAAGACAAUACUUAUUUGUGUUCGGAGAGACGUGCUGAUGUUUACGUGACUGUCAAAUGGCCGCACUCUUCCUCUUGCUUGCUAUGGCGGCGGUUGCGGAUAACCAUGCAAAUCGGGGGUUACAAAUCACUCGACAUGAUUUACUGUAUUUGUUUCUUGCUUAUAUUUUGUACAAUCUGUGAAAUUCUCUGAAAUUGUUUUCUCCUUGUUUUUAAAGGGUUUAUAUGCAAAAAAUGUUUUGACAAUGUUCUUAAAUAAAGCCUAUUUUGGUACCUCUCUUCUCUAUGCAUUGAUUGACUGAAUUAU